AUGUUUUUCAUGUUUCCAUUAAGUAUAAUUGUUAUUGGAAACAUUACACUUAUCAUUCGUGUUCUUGUUCAAAAGACGCACAUGAAACGCCAACGUCGACUUGGUUUAUGGCGACGCAACCUUCGAAUGAUUACUCAAUUGACGUUUAUAGCUAUCCUAUAUAUGAGUAUAUAUGUUCCAUCAUGUAUUUUAUUAAUAUUUGGUAGUUAUGUUCAACGUGGUCGGUUGCAACCAUGGGCUACAAGUGUGCGAACUCGUUACUUCAUUCAUUUGAAGUAUUUAAUAGUAUUUGGAUGUCCAUUUAUGGUACUUGCUGGACAGAGAGAAAUGCAUCGAAUGAUCAAAAAAUUGUUGUGUCGGGCAUAUCAACGUCGAAGUACACAAGUUUAUCCUAUGACUAUAAUGAAUACACGAUGCUGA